GAAUCUUGAUAAUAUGAAUAUGAAUUGAUAACCAACAGUUUGAGCAUCAAAAGAAAUUCAUCGCAGUUAUCAUUGAAUUGUUGUUAAAAUUUAUUAAUUUUCGUUGUAAUUUUGUGAUCAUUAAAUUCGGUGCAUCAUUUGGAAGAACCAUGAAGAAAAUUGAAGGAGAUAUUCUGAGCAAAGAGGAGCUGAAGGAUCUAGUCAAAGUUAUCAAAUACGAGAAAGUGGAUUCAAUUCUCACCAAAGGAAGAAAUCAAAUUUCAAGAAGCAGAAUAUUGCAAAUCGACUGUUCCAGUGCUUCAAUCGAGAUUAAUUAAAGAUUGGAAACUUUAAUUUGCGAGAAAUUCCACAAAUCGUCAAUUACCAUCAUCCUUCACACAUAUUAAUCAACAAUCAAUUUAUUGAAUUUACAUCAAUGAUUCUAUGCAUGAUUCAUAAUCCUGUAAUUAUUGGCAUUAAGUUACAAAUAAUUCAUUUUAAUUGAAUUAGUUUAAAUCAGUUAUAAGAAAAGCUCAUAUGUAGAUCAAGGAUAAGGUGAAAUAUGCAAAUUGUCGUUUACAUGACAAGACAGAGGUGCUGUCAAUAAUAAGAUGAAGUUAAAUUGGCUGCAGAAUUCAUAGAUGCAAGUCAAAUAUGGAAUGAAUCAAAAAAGGAUGCAAUUGAGUUUAUUACUUUGUACAGGAGAAUUUCCCAAAAAUAUUGACGAUGUCAUCAAGCUAUCAUUGUUUAUCAAGAAGCUAAAGGAUACAUUCGAUAAAACAGAAAGCAACAAAAACGUUUCAAGAAAACUCGUUUCAUGGAGAGAAGAAAAGGAACUGAAGUUGUCGGAAUGUCAUUGGAAGUUGAUGGCUGUAGAGCAUUUUUUGAUAAGGAUUAAAUGAAUUGUAUAAAUUUAAACUAAUACGUUACAAUACUUAAAAGGUUGCUGAAGCUACUAGUUUGUAAAAAACUACUGAAUACUAAGUCAAUUAUGUUCCAAAAAUAUUUGAUAAAAAGUCAAUUAUGUUACAAAAAUAUUUGAUACAAAGUCAAUUAUGUUCCAAAAAUAUUUGAUACAAAGUCAAUUAUGUUACAAAAAUAUUUGAUACAAAGUCAAUU